AUGGCGGUAAAAACAUUGUUUAUGUUAUUAUUGUUUUUUACGUCACGUUGUACGGUUUGUUAUUUUUUACCCGAGGACCACGAUGGGAAUUGCAAUGGGGAAAAAAACGUAGAUAAUAAAACGUGCGAGUAUCAUAAUCGGGAUUCGAUAGAAAAUGUAUGCGAAGGUCAUCGAGUAGUACAUAAUUAUUUAAGGUCUGAAGAAAAGAAGAAAAUUGUCGACACGCACAACGAUUUGCGUAAUAAUUUAACUUUGGGAUUUUAUAAAAGGAUACCGAAAGCUCGUUUUUUAAAAAAAUUAUCGUGGAACGAGAAUUUGGCAGAAUUGGCACAAAAUCGUUCGAUCGAAUGCGAAAAAUAUGAAAGGGAAAAAAAAAAUGAUAAUUAUCAUUUGGAUAAAGGGGAUUUGAUAGGGGAAAACGUGGCGAUUGUUAAUGAUAAUGAUGAUAACUCGGUAGAUGAUUUAAUGAAAUUAUGGAUUAAUGGAUUAAAUUAUUUAAAUUACGAUUUGAUAUCGAGAUAUAGGCCGCCAUCGAUUGAGAAUGAAUAUGAUUUUUCGACGGUUGUUCAAACAAUAUGGUGGAACACAAGCGAAAUCGGUUGCGGAAGAUCCAAGUACAAUAGAUCGUUAGAAUGCGAUGAUGAUGAUGAUUGUUUAAAAAACGAAACGGUUAUUAAAUUAAUUUGUUAUUAUUUUCCAAUCGGUAAUAAAAUAAACGAAUCCGUUUACAUUAUCGAUAAGGGAUUAUCCCUUCUUUGCCAUUAUGAAAAUUCUCAAAUGUUUUGCGCGGAAUUCAAUGGUACAGAUGAUGAUGAGGGAAUCGUGAGAGUCAACAUGACGGGUAAAAGUUCAAAUCGAUCGCGUCAAAAAGAUGAAAAUGUUAAAUUUUUCGAUUUGACACCGGUCGAUAUUAUUUAA